AUGCCCAGUGUACUACAGGAAAAUUUUAUACAAACACUACCAUCCAAAAUUUAUUAUAGACAAAAUUUCGAGAAAGAAAUCGAUUAUUGCUUAUCGUUUCAUGAUAAUAACAAAUUUCUAGGAAAAAGAACUGAGAUAUAUAAAAAUGAAAAAAUUAAAAGUAUUGCAAAUAAGCUUAUGAGUCCUUUGUGUUAUGUGGCAUUUAAUAAUGAAGGAGAUGAAUGUAAUAAGCAAUGUCAUUAUUUGUACUAUUGGUUAGGAAAAGAAUUAUUUAAUAAAUUAGAGUAAGAUUCAUUUUCAGAAGUUAUUGGAAUACUUGAGGAUGUUUCAAAUGUUCUCUCUGGAGGUGGUAAAUGCAAAUGUAAAUUUUUUAAAAAUAUUAAAAAGGAGAACUUUGAAAAAAUGAAGAUUGUGCAUGAUUAUUGUAAAGAUCACGAGAGCAUUGAAAGCACUCUGAAAUUAUAUGUUAAUAAAUGUGAUAAUAAAUUUAAUGAUUAUCUUCUUAAAGUCACUAGUGCAUAUGAGGAAGUGUAUAAUUGUACAAAUACAAAACCUGAACAAUAUUGUUCUGAACUUAAAAAUCAUGUUACUAGUUGCCUUAAUAAAAAGUUAUCUUCUUUGAAGUGUGAAAUAAAGGAAGUUUCCACAGAAGACAAAGGUACAAGCCAAUAUGAUACCAAUUAUCUUGACCCAGAAUAUGUAAGAUAUGCAUCUAUUUUUAGUUCAUCUCAAAUUUUCCUGUACUUGGUUCUACCCUUUAUUGGUAUUUUGUUCAUUGGUUUCCUUCUAUAUAAAUUUACUCCAAUUGUAUCAUGGAUACAUACUAAAGUAUUAAAGAAAAAUUCAAUUAGACGUAAUUUGGAUGAAAUGGAUAUACUAGAAUUAACAGAAUACACGAACGAACGAAGAAAAUUAAAUUUAGGUAGAAAACAAUUAAAUGUAGCAUAUCAUGCCGCAUGA